CGUGUACAUGUGUGCAGCUGUCUGAAUGCGUGCUGAGUGUCAGAUCUUUGCACAUAUGAAUGUGACUGUGGAAGUUGACACAUGAACAAUAACACACACACUCCACAUAGAGGCCAAUUGGAGUGGAGUGGAGGGGCCUAUAAAUAUAUAGCCCUAGGGCUAAGUGUUUUGGACAUUGGAGGAGGCAGAGCAGCAGCAGAGUUAGUAGACCAGAAAGCCAUGGCUGCUGCAGAGUUCAAGCAUUUGGUCAUCAUCAAGUUCAAAGAAGGUGUUGUGGUGGAUGAUAUCAUCAAAGGGAUGGAGAAGCUCGUCUCUCAGAUCCCUCUCAUCAAGUCCUUGGAAUGGGGGCAGGAUUCGGAAGGGCACGAGAUGCUGACACAAGGAUUCACACAUGCAUUCACAUUGACAUUCAGCAGCAAGGAGGAUUAUGGAGCUUAUGAAGCCCACCCUGAUCACCUGGAGUAUGCUGCUGUUUUCUCAGCAAGUAUUGAGAAAUGUGUUGUUCUUAACUUCCCUACCAUCCCUCUCAAGCAGCCAGCACCAGCAACCUGAUCACAUCUCCAGUGUGGAAUGGAGAUUACAACAGCUAUAUAUGGUUAUUGUAGCUUGUGUGAUGGGGAGUAUGAUCAUCAUUUUCCAAGUGGGUUAUUGUUGUUGAGUGCUUUAAUAAAAGCUUAGUUUUGUAUCAGAGAAGAAUUGGGUUGUUGUUCUGUUUUCUUGCUGAUUUGCAGGCAUGCCUCUGUCUUCCUUGGAAGAAGUCAAGUGUUUUAGCACUCUUUAGGUCAUGUUUGGGUUUGACAAUGUGGAAAAGCUUGUCCUGAUUUGUCAAAAAGAGAGAAACAAUGUGGCCAAAAGUGGAAUUAGUAUUGGGGGGGCCUCUCAAUCAUGGACUUGGAGGGCCUGUUUUUGUGGCAGCAAAAGUUGCUGUCUGGUCCUUUUAUGAUUCCAAAAUGUCGAAUCUAAAGAUCAAAACAGGUCACUAAUGGUAAUUAUUUAACAUGUUCCUUUCUCUCAGCUUUUCAUGUUUGCCAAGCCCAAGCUGGUAUGCCUGAAAAUGCAGGGCUUCUCAGUAAUCAUACUCACUCCUGGUAGAAUGUGG